AUCUCUCUGUCAUGUGACGCUGUAACCUUAGCAACGUAACAAACAGCUGCGCACCGAUACACAUUUCAUUUUGAUUAUUUUGUAACAAUUUUCAUUUUAGUACUAUAUUUACUAGUUUACAAUUUUAACUAUGGAGGAGCAAGACGACAUCUUCGGUGGGGCAAUGACCAUAGGGUCGGAAACCACCGAGGCGGAGAAGGAGUUUGAAAAAAUCUUGGAGCUUCUUCGAGAUGCAGAAGGCCUUAAGAUGUACGCCGACGUGUACACGAAGCUCUACGACACGUAUUAUAAAGUCAAGGAUGAGAAGGCUGCGCUGCAGGAUGAAAUGAAUACACUCCGGAACAGGGUGAAUCGUUUCGAUGAUACCAUCACGGAUUAUCAAAAGGAAAUCCAUGAGAAUCAAAAAACUAUUGAGAAGCAAAACUUAGAGAUCGAGGAAGCCCGUAAACUGGCGGAUGCUAUGCACGCUCGAGAGUUGAACAGCGUGGAGGCUCUGGAGACCAUGAAAAGGACAGUUGUGCGGUUGGAGAAGGAACUAGAUGCAAGAAAACGCGCCGGUGACGACGAAACCGGUGGCCAAUCAGCAGCGAAAGAGAAAGAAAAGUUUGAGAAGGAGAAAGCGAAAUUGACGUCAGAACUGGACUCUAUGAAGCAGCGGUUGGCCAACGCUAUCAACUUUCAACAAGAGCUGGACGCCAAGUGUACAGCAGCUGAAGAGCAGAUCAGCAAAUAUGAAGAAAUGCUUGAAGAUGCAGAGCACCAGGCCGUCAGAACCAAUCGCCUGGUCGACCACUUGAAGAGUGAAUCUGCGAGUUUGAAGUUAGAAGUGGAGUUUCGUGGAAACACUAUCAGUGGUCUAAGCGACAAGUUAGCAAAGGCAGAAAAGACUAUAGAGCGGCGCGAAAAACAAAUUAAAAAUCUAAAUGCUCAAUUGGAGCAGUCUCAGCAAGAGCAGGAGGCGGCUAUCAACCGAGCCAAUCAAUUUCGCACAGCCAUUGACAAUAUGAAGAUGGAGUUCGAGGAGAAUAAAAAGGCUUUAGUCAACACUACAAAAGAACUGAAGAACACGAUAGACGAUAGCAACAAGGUCCGAGCAGAAGUGACUAAGUUAAACAAGAGCAUUGUGAUACAAUCGAAGAAGUUCCAGCAUCUCGAACAUGCAAAGGCAGACAUUGAGGCUGACCGCGAGCGUCUGCGUCAGCAAAUUACCGUGAUGGAACGCGAAAUCAUGUUGGGCCAACGACAGGCCGAAAUUGACAAAAGGGAAAUCGAAAAUAUGAACCGUGAAAAGGAAAUCUUCAACAAGAACUUGCAGAAGAUACAGAAUGAAGCUAUAGAGAACUUGAAGAUGCUGCAAAUGCAGGAGCAGCACCGAAAGCAGCUGGAUCACGAGCUCGAGCUGACCAGCCGCCAGAUCAACAAACAAAGGCUAAUUAUCCGGCAGUACGAGAAGGAAAAAGACAGGUUACUGGAGGAGACAAUAGCGUUGAACGAAAAGGUUGACGAAAUCACAGAGGAGGUCCGACUCCGCGAGGCUGAUAUCGUGGACUUAAAGAAGGCUCUUCGCGAGGAACGCAUCAGCAAUCGCAAACUGACGGUAGCUCUAGACACCACCAGAACUGAGAGAAAUAUGCUACAUAAAAACUAUACGGAAGCCCUUGACGAGAUCCAGGACUUGAAACAGAAACUGAAGAUGUUAGCAUAUCAAAUCGAGCAAUUGAAAGAAGACAUAACCGGCAAGGAAACAGGUCUAAAGACUUGUGAGGCAUCCCUGAACAAGUGCCACAAGAAGACUGAACAGCUUCGUAAUGAGAUCCAAAUGGAACAAACGAAGCUGUCUGAAGCACGAGCUGAUAUUUCUGCAUUGAGGCAGGAGGAGGCUAGGCUAAACAGGAUUGUUAAUGAGGGUGAUGCCGCAAGAGCAAAGCUUCUAAAAGACCUGGAAGGCUUAAUGAAUGAGAGAGAUGUGGUCGGCGCACAACUGGUCCGUAGGAAUGAUGAAAUUUCGCUGCUGUAUGAGAAGAUACGUAUUCUCGAAGUUACUUUACAUCGAGGUAAAUGCAGAAAACCAAUCAAUGUACGAUCGAACGCAUGGUUAGCUUACCAAGUCGCUAACAAUAAUUCAGAUUGCCACGGUUGCAAGAUGUACAUCAACAACAACAUUAUGCUAGAAUUUUUAACUGAAACAAAUAAUAAAAAACGAUGA